CCAGAACCAGGUCAUGUGAAUGUAUCUAGCCAAAUCGAGCGAUGGAAUAGAUCCAGAAUGGGUUUCCCGCGGGUGAUCGAAAGAUUAUAUUAAUGCUACGUUGAAUUCCAAGGUUGAUACACGUUCGCUAUUAGCCAUAUUGACCAAUCUCUCCGCAUUUGGAGCUGGGGAUAUACCCCUGAUCUAUACCGCUUAGACAUCGUCUCUAAAGUGCCAAGGAGGUCUCGGUGCAAGGGGGUCAAGUCUCGUCACACUUCACGGAGAGAUUCAUACUUUAUCAUACUAUCCAGACUGGGGCGCCUUCGACGUCGAGACUUGGCCAGAGCCACUUACCAGCAGACUUCAACACCUGUAUCGGCUCAAAAAUGGCAAGUUACUCAGCCUUUCAUAUUCCGGGACCGCACAAUCAACCGGAAAUUAGCAGGGUUGGCGAGGCACCUUUUUGCCGUAUAUGCGACCUAGGGGACGUAUAAGAGUUGUCCCCAUACCUACCUACUUACCCAGAGCCUUCCAUGGCUAAUCGGUGAAGUAUACCUUUUUGGAAACACGCCUUCUCCCAACAUACCAUCAGACGAUACUCCACGAGAAAAUGGUGCGUCUCACAGUCGCCCUCUUGCUGGGCUCCACGGCCUCAGCUCUGCCAUACGCAGACAUCUACCGGCGCCAGAACACUAGCGACUGCACGCUCAAGGACACCUACCCAGCCGUGAGCUUCGCCAAACUCCCUGACCCGUUCACCUACGAGGAUGGAACGAAGGUUGCCAGCAAGGCCGACUGGACCUGCCGCCAACAAGAGAUCAGCAAACUUCUGCAACAGUACGAGCUGGGCGCAUACCCCCCGCCGCCCGACAAGGUUGAGGCAUCCCUAUCAGGAAGCACCAUGUCCGUGAAGGUCACCGUCGGCUCGAAGUCCGUGACGAUCAGCACCGCCAUCAAGAAGGCCAGCACCUCCCCAGGCCCGGCCAUCAUCACCAUCGGCGGAUCCUCGCUGCCGAUCCCCGGCACCGUCGGCACCAUCGGCUUCAACAACGACCAGUUCGCCUCCCAGGCCUCCGGCAGCUCGCGCGGGCAAGGCGCAUUCUACACGCUCUUCGGCAACACGCACUCCGCCGGCGCGCUGACGGCCUGGGCCUGGGGGGUCGACCGCGUGAUCGACGGGCUCGAGCAGCUCGGCGCCGACAAGACGGGAAUCGACCCCAAGCGCCUCGGCACGACGGGGUGCUCGCGCAACGGCAAGGGCGCCUUCAUCGUCGGCGCGCUGGCGAACCGCAUCGCGCUAACGCUGCCGCAGGAGUCCGGGUCCGGCGGGGCGGCGUGCUGGCGCAUCUCGGACGACGAGCACAGCAAGGGCAAGAACAUCCAGACGGCGGGGGAGAUCGUGGGCGAGAACGUCUGGUUCAGCCAGAACCUCAACGCCUACACGGCCAAGACCAACACCAUGCCCGAGGACCACCACAUGCUCGCCGCCCUCGUCGCCCCCCGCGGCCUCCUCGCGUUCGAGAACGACAUCGACUGGCUCGGCCCCGUCAGCACCACGGGGUGCAUGAAGGCCGGGCGGCUGAUCUAUAAGGGCCUGGGCGUCCCGACGAAUAUGGGCUUCUCGCUCGUGGGUGGGCAUAGCCAUUGCCAGUUCCCGUCGUCGCAGCAGGCGGAGCUGACUGCGUAUAUCAACUACUUCCUUCUUGCGGGCACGACGGCGCCGCCGGAGGUCGAGAAGAGCAGCGCGACGGUCGCGGUUGCGGAUUGGGCUCCUUGGGAGGUGCCGGCUCUUGCUUAG